AAUCAUAUGCUCACCAUGUUUAAACAAACUACAUUUAGUUUGUUUAAAUUUAUUCAAUUAUCAUUAUUGUAUAGUUUACUUUUAGGGAUAGGUGAAAGUUUCAAAAUUCGACCAAAACAAUGUACAAAUGCCAUAGGUGACCAAGGAACCUGUAUGUUUGUAUGGGAAUGUAUUAAAACUGAAGGUAAACAUCUUGGAACUUGUGCCGAUGGUUUAUUUGGAAGCUGUUGUGGUCAUAAUGAUAUCGUGAAUUCGAUACAAAAUGAAUUUCCCGUUACAUCAUCACCAUCAUCGUCAACGAAUAAAGAUAAAUUACGGCCAUGGAGUUCGACGACAACCACAAAGAAUCCAUGGAUAGAUUCAAAUUCAUUCAACACAACGACAGCCACUAAUAUAUUCAAGUCAACAACAGAAACACCAAUUAUUGCUGUUCAUUCAACCACAUUAGCAUUUCAAAAUAAACCACAACAAUAUACAACAUCACAAAAACCUUGGAUUAUUUAUACUGGUCGUCCUGGUACUACGACCAAAAGACCGGCAAUCGUUUGGCCCAUUACUAUCAAUAGACCUACUGCUGUUAUUAAUAAUAACAAUACUAAUUCUUGGAACAUUGUUAAACCACCACAAUCGGUUACAAUCACAAGUCAUCAACCUGUAUCUAUUGGAAUUGGUCAUUGGAAUUUGACAACAACAGUCAUGGCCACCACCACCACCACAACAAGUGCCACUAAUGAUAAAGAUAACAGUACGGAAAUUACGACGACGAAAAAUGCCGGUAAUAAUGAAACAUCAAAUUAUUCAUCAUCAACAUUACCACCACCACAGCUAUCGGUUAUUGAUAACAAUUUUACGACACCUUUAUCGAUAACAACAUCAUCAUUGAAUGGCAAACAUCAACAACAAUGUGGAAUCACUCAACUGAGACCACGAACAAAAGUUGUUGGUGGUAUGAAUUCAGCAUUUGGUGCAUGGCCAUGGCAGGUCUCUGUACGACGAAUUUCAUUUUUUGGUUUCUCAAGUACACAUCGUUGUGGUGGUGCCCUAUUGAACAAUCAAUGGAUUGCUACAGCCGGUCAUUGUGUUGAUGACCUGCUACUAACCCAGAUUCGUAUUCGUGUUGGUGAAUAUGAUUUCUCUAGUUCUCGUGAACCAUUUCCACAUAUUGAACGUGGAGCUAAAAAGAAAAUUGUUCAUCCAAAAUAUAAUUUUUUUACAUAUGAAAAUGAUUUAGCCUUAGUAAAAUUGGAACAUCCUAUCGAUUUUUUACCACAUAUUUCACCUAUUUGUUUACCACCAGAUGAUAUUGAUUUAUUGGGUAAAAAUGCCACUGUCACUGGUUGGGGUAGACUUAGUGAAGGUGGUGUUUUACCAACAGUAUUGCAAGAAGUACGUGUACCAAUCAUAAGCAAUGAUAGAUGUAAAAAUAUGUUUCUAUCGGCUGGUCGUCAUGAAUAUAUACCAGAUAUAUUUAUGUGUGCCGGUUAUGAUGCUGGUGGUCGUGAUUCAUGUCAAGGUGAUAGUGGUGGCCCAUUACAAGUACAAACCGAAGAUGGCCAUUGGUUUCUUGCCGGUAUUAUUUCAUGGGGUAUUGGUUGUGGUGAACCAUCAUUACCCGGUGUUUGUCGAUUAUAUCAGGUUGAAUAUGCAAUGGAAGCAAUUCAACAUGCUGGUACAUGUCUUGGAAUUCUUGCAUCCGAUGGUAUUGUUCUGGCUGCAGAAAAACGUAAUCCAAAUAAACUUCUUGAUGAUGUUUUUUCUUCAGAAAAAAUUUACAAACUUCAUGAUGACAUGGCUUGUAGCGUAGCUGGUAUUACAUCCGAUGCUAAUGUAUUGACAAAUGAAUUACGAUUGAUUGCUCAACGUCAUUUGUUACAAUAUGGUGAAAGUAUACCUUGUGAACGAAUCGUUAGCUGGCUUUGCGAUAUAAAACAAGCUUACACUCAAUAUGGUGGUAAACGUCCGUUUGGUGUAUCCGUUCUCUAUAUGGGUUGGGAUAAACAUUAUGGAUUUCAGCUAUAUCAAUCAGAUCCAAGUGGUAAUUAUUCUGGAUGGAAAGCCACAUGUAUCGGUAACAAUAGCAGUGCUGCUGUUGCUUUGUUGAAACAAGAAUACAAAGAAGGUGAAACCAAUUUGAAACAGGCACUACAAUUGACCAUUCGAGUUUUGAGUAAAACAUUGGAUACAACAAAAUUGACCGAAGAUAAAAUUGAAAUUGUAACACUCACUAGAGAGAAUGGAAAAACAAAAAUUCGUAUAUUACCAUCAUCGGAAACAUUGGAAUAUAUAAAAACUUAUGAAAAAGAAGAAGCACAAAAAGCUGAAGCAGCAAAAAAAGAAAAGGAACGAAAAUGAA